AUGAGAGUCUAACAUAACAUGCCAAAACAUAUUAAAACAUAAUAUUUUAUUUAUCUUUAUGAAAAUGAUUGUGCAAAUCAAAUUAUUGAAACAAGAGAGCCUAGCUCCAAUGCAUGGGCACGUACCAUUACAAAAUGAUUAUUAAAGAAGAUGUAUCAAUACGCAUGGUACGCCUUUGGGACUGUUUGUUGAACUUAAAAUUUACAUUGAACGUUAAUACUAAUCACAUGAUCUACAACCAAAAUUAAUGUUUUUAAUAGUGACCAUGAGUUGCUUUCAUAAAUCGCUUAGUACUAAAGGGGGAGUUGGUAUAGGAAAAGUAGUUUUAAUGCUUCCCCGUUCGUGUUGUAAUAUUAUGAUGCCGCUGUAUUAAACGUUAGGCGGAUUAUCUAUCUCAUUCUCCCAACGUUCAAUGACGCGAUAACGGCUGUUCUGAUUUGUAUUUUAGCGUCUUGAAAUGCGGUUGUUUAAGCUUCGGUUCGAGGCUUGACCGCGGUACUCAAAGUUUAUAGCAUGGUGUUUAUAGUUCAUAACUAUGUUUUAUUUCUACUGCCCUGAGACGUUACCAAAUCCAAAAAAUACAUUACUGAUGUGUGAAACUUAUCCUGGUUUGCUUUGUAACAAUUUACUCGUUAAUUAGGUGAUUUUGUCCGCUAUGGUUCAUAUAAGACCCAUGGCGUUCUGAAAUUUAUUUACUGCAUCGAAUGCAAUUAAUUAGUUAGGGUACAUUUGAGACAUACCGCUUUUGUUUAAGCAAGAAAACAUUUGUUAUUAAACUUUACAUUUACCUUUAGAUCCCCCAAAUAAGCUUUUCCUGUGCUAUACGAUACAUAUAAUUUAAAAACGACAUUAUUAUGUUAAUUGCAACUAUAAUUUGAUAUAUAAAAAAAAUAUUUUAAAAGACUUUAUUAAACUACGAUUCUUGUGAUGAACUCGCAGUAUAGUAACGUUGGGCAGUUGUAAUAUGAUUUACCAGAUAUUCAAUUUGACUACCUUUUUUAUCACGAUUUUUUCAGUAACUGAUAGAAAUGUAACAACGAUUAGUACCAGUAAGAGAAGGACAUAUUCUUACGUGGCUUAAGUCUGAGAAGCCAGGAAGCUGGAAUAAAUAAAAAAAUACUUAACAACAGUAAUCACCAUUGACACGUGAUUUGUUGGUUUUACGGUAUCAUUAAACGAGGGCCAGUAAAAUAAGAUUUAAAAUAAGAGAAGAGUGAUUCAUCUGGCCUUGCGUUCCACCUGGCUCUACUCUACCACAAAUAUAUACAUACAUAACUUUAAUAUAAAUAUACACAAACACGUUCACUGAAAGGCAGAAGAGAGAUAAAUUGUUUAAUUUAUUAUAUCUUUUUAGGAUUUCACACUAACAACUUGAUAGCAACUAUUUAAGUCGUGGUAUAAACAAAUUAAUUCGAUUAUAGACUUGGUUGCCGCAGGCUAUCACGAAGUAGCAAACAAGGGAACCUUAAUCCUAUGCCGAAACACGAUUUUACAUUUCUUUUUUUGGAAUAAAUGCAACUCAUUACAUGUCUUAUUCAAACGAGAAAAUACCUUGGGUGUAACAAAGUUUAAACGACGAGCAGUUGAGAUUGCAGGUAUGGAUUGUAGUUAAAGUUUCAUAAUACUACAAACUUGUAUUCACAUGGAGGCUAAUGAAACAAUUGCUGCAUACUUAGUGGAACUUUGCCGACAGAAAGGUUGUGUACAUGGCUCCUGUAUUGUAAGAGGAAACGACACAAUAUUUUGCGAAUGUUCCAGGGGUUUCAUUGGAACAAGAUGCGAGGAAACUUAUAUUGACUUUAGCAAUAAGAGUCAAAACAAAGGAUCGCAAGCUAAAGUUGUGGGCUUUGCUGCUGUUGGCAUUUUUCUUCUUCUUGUGCUGCUGAUAGCAAUGUUCGCCAUUUGGAAGCGGUGCACAAAAAAUCACCACAACAGACAGUGGGUUCGAUGGCAAGAGUCACGUCUUCAGUCAAGGUCAACAAUUGAAGGUUCGACCUUCGACUCCGAUGUUCGCGAACUUCCGUUAACAAUAAAUAAAAAGUCAAUAUUUCCUAUAAACCUGUUUCGAAAGCUCCGUUUAGUUGGGUCGAAGUCACACAACACGAGACAAAAUGUAAAACGAAAGGAAACAUACUGUGAUUCAAAUACGAUUGCGACUGUAUCAGGAACAUUACCAACCGAAAAACAAUUUCAUACGACGUGUAAUUAA